AUGUCUUUGUCGCUUUUGUUUGAUAAAAUCUUCCAACUUGUAUAUGCAUGUCAAAGGCUUUAAUGACUCGUGUAUCAUAGAAUGCUUGAAUCUGUAUUUUCAUCAGAUGGAAUGACGGCUCCUCCUUUGUUUGGAGGAGCUAUACAAAGUCAGAAGGUCAAGGAGGUGGAGAGGGUCAGACAAGAAUUCCCAGAGACAUGGCUCUGGAUCAACAAGACCGUCGGAGCUGACGGUAAAGCCACCAUCAGUACCACCGUGCCUGACACUAUCACCUCCUGGAUUGCCAGCGCCUUUGCUGUCAACUCCGCCACAGGACUUGGUGUAGCCCAAUCUACCACAAAGCUGCGUGUCUUCAGUCCCUUCUUCGUCAGCUUGUCCAUGCCUACCUCGGUGUUAAGUGGAGAACAGGUCAUCAUUCAAGCCAGUAUCUUCAACUACCUGUCAAGUGACGUCGACGUUGUAGUGUCGUUGCCUACGUCCUCGGAAUACGUCAACGUGGUGGUUGACAGUUCUGGUAAAACUACCAAGGAGUCAAAGGACCAGACACAAUAUGUCACAGUUAAAUCCAACGAGCCCCAGACUGUGUACUUCCCUAUCAUUCCAUCAUCUCUGGGAGCUAUCGACAUCGAGGUGUCAGCACGAACAACUCUAGCCGCUGAUGCUGUCAAGAGACAGCUCAAUGUCCAGGCAGAAGGGAUCCCCAAAGAAUACAACACACCUGUCUUCAUUGAGCUGACACCAGGAGGCCCUGACUUCAUCCAACAUGUGGCGCUGUCACUUCCAUCAGAGGCAGUAACCGGAUCAGAGAAAGUCAGAGUCAAAGUGACAGGUGACCUGAUUGGCGCCAGUCUCGACAACCUGGAGAAUCUUCUGGCUCUACCAACUGGAUGUGGUGAACAGAACAUGAUGACCUUUGCCCCGGAUGUAUAUAUUGCGGACUACCUGUACACAACCAAGCAAAUGACACCCGCUUUGGAAUCCAGGAUCAUGACCUAUCUAGAACUAGGCUACCAGAGGGAGCUCACCUAUCAAAGAUAUGAUGGAUCCUUCAGUCCCUUUGGAGACCGUGAUGAGGCAGGACACAUGUGGCUGACUGCAUUUGUAGCACGCAGUUUCAAUCAAGCCAGGCCUUACAUUUUUGUGGGAAAUCAGACUUUGGCGAGGUCCCUGAACUGGAUGGCAGGGAGGCAGAAUUUAGAUGGAUCCUUCAAUGAGCCUGGACUUGUGUUUGACAGACAGAUGCAGACUUCCAAAGCCUCUCUUACAUCCAUGGUGCUGCUGGCUUUCUUGGAAAAUCAAGACAUUGGAGGAUAUGGGAUUAAUGAGUACAGGUUGGGAAACGCCACUGUGAAUGCCACGAAGUACCUGGAGUCAGUGGCUCCCUCUAUCACGGAUCCCUUCACUCUCGCCCUUGUCAGCUACGCCUUGUCUGAGGCUGGCAGCUCAGUAGCGGAUGUUACGUUCAACAAACUCAACGCCGUAGCUGAGGUUAAAGGUACCAGGCCUUGUCUGAGGCUGGCAGCUCACCCAUUGACAUUCAAACAUUCGUAUGGCCUUUUGGCAUCCUCUGCUCGAGGAGAUCUCAAAGAAAGUCUUCCAAUAACCAACUGGCUGACCUCACAAAGGAACCCAUAUGGCGGCUUUUCUUCAACGCAGGACACAAUGGUAGCACUUCACGCCCUAACUGACUAUGCCCGACGUGCACAUGCUUCCGGUUUCCAAAUUGAGGUUGACAUCAAGAGCGGAAGUGACACCCAUCACAUAUCUGUGACUGAUAGCAACGCACUCGUUUUGCAGUCAAGAGAGCUGACGAAAUUCCCAAAGGACGUGUCUAUCACGGCUACUGGUAAAGGUGUUGCAUAUGCUGAUGUAGAUGUGCUCUUCAACGUUGAUGCUGAAAUCGGAGACCCAUCCUUUGACAUUAACACUGUGCUGCUUGAUGACACCAUCAACAACUUCAAACUGAUGACCUGCACUAAAUGGCUGAAGGAGGGAUCCAGUGGAAUGACAGUGAUUGAAGUAUCUAUCCCAUCAGGCUUUGAUCCAGAUAUGACCUCAAUGGGCAACGUUGCUGGUCUGAAGAGAUUUGAAAGACGUGGUAGAAACGUGGUUGUAUACUUUGAUGAGAUCGGCACAACGUCCAUCUGCUUUGACAUCCUGUCCACCAGAACCGGCAUGGUGACGAACAACCAGCCCAGCUACGUCACAGUCUACGAUUACUACCAGCCCAGUAACCAAGGUGCCACUUUCUACGAAACCCGCAGUCUCAAGGAAGCCACAAUUUGUGAUGUGUGUGAGAAGUGUUGCAAACAGAUCCGAAGACAACUGUGAAGAAGAAAAGACAAACAUUGAAAUUUUUAUGCAAAAUGUGAAUAAAUAAUU